AGGGUAGCAGGGUAGCAAGAUGGCGGGAUCCUUAACGUGGUCGUGUACUUGUUGCCUGCGGUUCAAGUUCAGCCCCGAGGAGAUCGAGCAGCGUUACAAGAGCCAGGAGAUCGAUCGAAUGUUGGAGAAGGAUCGUCAAGCGCUCCGGCGACAGGUUAAGCUGCUGCUCCUCGGGGCAGGCGAGAGCGGAAAGUCGACAUUCCUUAAACAGAUGCGAAUUAUCCACGGGAUUAAAUUCGAGCCUGAGUUAAUUAAAGAGUAUCAACAUAUUAUUUACCAAAAUAUAAUUAAAGGAAUGAAGGUGUUGGUAGAUGCUCGCGACAAGUUGAAUAUUCCAUGGGAGAACCCUAAGAAUUAUGACAUUGGUUAUCAAUUAUUGAAAUUUGAAAAUACCAUGGUGUUGGAUGCUAGAUUGUUUCUUCGUUAUGUACCAUCUUUACAAAGUUUAUGGAAAGACGCAUCAAUUAAAAAGGCCUUUGAUAGAAGAAGAGAGUUUCAAUUAAGCGAUUCAGUUCAAUAUUUCUUGGAUAAUCUUGACAGCAUUGCAAGAGUGGAUUAUGAACCUACGCAUCAAGAUAUCUUGCACUGUAGGAAAGCUACAAAGGGAAUUUCAGAAUUUGUGAUACAAAUUAAUAACAUCCCAUUUUUGUUUGUUGACGUUGGAGGUCAACGAUCUCAGAGACAGAAGUGGUACCAGUGUUUUGAUUGUGUUACCUCGAUACUUUUUCUUGUUUCAUCAUCUGAAUUUGAUCAGGUGUUGUUAGAAGAUAGAAGAACAAAUCGGUUGGAAGAAUCUAGAAAUAUAUUUGAUACAAUAGUCAACAAUAUGAUAUUUGGCGGAGUGUCUAUCAUUCUAUUUUUAAAUAAAACUGAUUUGUUAGACAAAAAAGUAAGAUCGCCCGAUACGAAUGUCCGUUGGUACUUUCCACAAUUCACAGGAGAUUCACAUUCCAUGAAGGAUGUGCAGAAUUUUAUACUUGAAAUGUUUAUAUCUGUUAAAAGAGAUCCAAGAAAACCACUUUUUCACCAUUUUACUACUGCCGUAGAUACGGAAAACAUAAAAGUUGUAUUUAAUGCUGUCAAGGAUACGAUAUUACAUAGAAAUUUGGAGUCGUUAAUGCUCCAAUAAUGAUAAAUGUGCAUAAAGAGUGAAAUAACUUUCGACCCAAGCGUAUACAUUUAACAUUUAGUGUUUGAUACAUAGUGAAGUGAAAUUAUAGUCAAAGAAGUAUUAAAAUGUCGAUUAGGAAAGAAUAUUCUGGUAAGACAAUAUAUAUUAUGUAUAUUGUAUUAUGUAUAAUGUAAAUCUUGUGAUUUUCGUUUAUAACGGAAAAGUAAACGUUUUCAUAAUAGUUUUAUACAACAAGAGAAGUAAAAACUGCCUAAUGAAAACAUGUAUUAAAAAUUUUUAAUGCUCUAUACACUAUAUAUAUAUAUACAUAUACAUUGAUAAUAUAUUUCCAUCUUUUUGAUGAAUAUUGAUUACUAGAGGGUUGUAAGAAGACUAUUAUAUACAAUUUAUUGUACAUAAUCUUGUAUUCUAUACAUUGUCGAUAACAACCACGUUUUACAUGUUUGUAUAAAAAAAAAAGAAUCAGUUUGCUAAUAAUUUAGCUAAGAUUUUUCUAUUGUGUACAGAUAUUUAAUCCAGUGCUUCUCUUUCAUAUUAAAGCAUAUAGUAGAAAUGCUGGUGACAACCAGUACUCACAAACAUAACUUAUUUUAUAUUUAAGAUUAAUUGCUCUAUCUUUAAAAAUAUAUCUCUGUUAACAUUGAAUAUUAAGUAACAAGAAAACCAAAUACUAGAUCCAUGCCAUAUAAACCAAAUGAAACUAACCAGUUUGUGUUCAAAUUGCUGUGUGCAAAAUUUGUUGAUAUUAUAAUGUACUUUUCUUUUUCUUUUGAUUUAAUGCAAAAAUUAUAUGCAGAAUUCUAAAAUAUCAAGGUAGAAACAU